AUGAAAAGCCUUGGUGGAUAUGGUGCGCUAAUAAUUACAACAAUAAUGAUUAAUGCUAGUAACAAUAAAAAUUUGAGGGAGAUGGCAGGUCAUGCGGACGCUUGUGGUAGUUCAGUGGCACUAAAAAAUUGGGAGCUGUCGAAUGGAAUUGAUUCAGUGGAAAAAAUUUAUCGAUACGAUGCAAAUGAACAGCAAGCAAUACUUGCUGUAAAACCAUGGGAAAAAGAUCCGCAUUAUUUCAAGGAAGUGAAAAUUUCAGCUUUAGCAUUAUUAAAAAUGGUAAUGCAUGCGAGACGAGGUGGAAACCUCGAAAUUAUGGGUGUGAUUCAAGGAAAAGUUGAUGCACAUACGAUUAUUAUUAUGGAUAGUUUUGCUUUACCAGUGGAAGGCACGGAAACGAGAGUUAAUGCGCAAUCACAAGCUUAUGAAUAUAUGAGCAUUUAUAGUGAAAACUGUGAACCAGUUGGACGAUUAGAUAAGGUUGUUGGAUGGUACCAUAGUCAUCCUGGAUAUGGGUGUUGGUUAAGUGGAAUUGAUGUUGCUACACAGUCAUUAAACCAACAAUUUCAAGAGCCAUUCGUUGCUGUAGUUAUUGAUCCUAUUCGGACAAUAUCAGCUGGAAAAGUCGAUCUUGGUGCAUUUAGAACAUAUCCGAAAGGAUAUAAACCGCCGGAUGAACAACCUUCUGAAUAUCAAUCAAUUCCGUUGAAUAAAAUCGAAGAUUUUGGUGUUCAUUGUAAACAGUAUUAUCCCUUAGAAGUCAGUUACUUUAAAUCGUCGCUGGAUGCUCGUUUAUUGGAAUCUUUGUGGAAUACAUAUUGGGUAACGACAUUGUCCAGUAAUCCGCUUCUUACUAAUUUCUCUUACACAACGCAGCAAGUAAAAGAAUUGUCGUCAAAGUUGGAAAAAGUUCAUGAUAAAAUCAAGAAACUAAAAUAA